AUGAGCACUGCAUACGAUCAUGAUUGGGCAAAUUGCGGUGAUCCCAUUCAGCUGAAACUUGACUUUUCCACCGUUCGAUCACGUCCGACUACCAGAAAGCUAGCCACGACCCACGACAAGAACUCGCCCACUAUCAUGGGUAUAGCUAGGGCCGUACAUACGUGUCCAGCUGGAUAUUCAUCCGUUUUGGGGUUGGGUAGUGACCCCAGUCACUGGGGAGACCACAACAAGGGCUAA